AUGAUUUCACAGGAAUACUACAAUAAAAUGCAAUUUCCAAGUUUCGAGCAUAUUAUCCUAUUGGCCGCUUCCAUAUUCCCAGAAUAUUCAAUAAUAUUAUUACCAGUCUUGUUUUUUUCUUUAUCAUGGCAAUACUUUAUAUUUUGGGUGAUUCUAUUUUUAAUUAGGAAAUUAGUUGAAACAUACUUUACGGCAUGGAAGAAAGCAUCAUCAUGGGAGUUCAAAAUAAGGUGGUUUCCACAGUAUAGUCCUAAUAUAAUCCAGAAAAUUCAAAGAUUGGUAGCAGAUUUAUGGCGUUAUUCUUAUUUCUUAUUUGUCACUUUAAUAGCUGGAUCAUUAACCGGUUAUCUGGUUCCUACAAAGAUUUUCGUUUAUUUCACAGACGUACCUCGCCCUGGAAGAAAUUGGUCAGAUCAUGUUAGAAUCAAAUCAUCAGAGUUCUUUCAAAUACUACAAACUAGCUACUUCAUACGCAGGACCAUCACUGAUGUUGUUUUCGAAAAUGAUGUGGAUAUCGAAUUAUGGAUCUUAGAUGUACUUCGUCGGGACCUACCUAACUGCCUAAUAAAAUUUGACACAAUCGCUUUGGACUUUGUCCUCGGGUGGCUAGGAAAUGAGAAGUUAAUUGCAAGCAGACAUUUCUAUUCUCCUGGGAUGAUAGGUAUUGGCUUUCCUUUGGCCAAAGUUGAAAGUUUGAGAAUCGAUGAAGCAGACGAUGCCAUCUUACAAGAUAUCGAGAACAUGACAGGUUUAAAAUCUUUACACAUGAGGUUGCCCACCGGGUUUCGGGUUGCAAAGAAGUUGGAGCUUUCAAACCUCAAGUUGGGGACAGCCACAGAAGAAGUAAUUUCAGGAAUAUUUGAAAAUAUAGAAGUAUCCAAAUUAGAGUCAUUGCUGCUCGAACGGAUGCCAAACAAUUGGUUGGCGAUCAGCACCGGUUUAAGGCGAAUCAAAGAAUUAGAAAUAAAUGGAUCCAUUAGAUUCAUUCCCUCGAAAAAAAUAAAGGAACUCCACUAUGCUGGGGACGUUCCCCUUGCUGAUUGGGAAUUCAUAGUGAGACAUCCUGUCAGGACACUCGGUUGUAACCCGACAGACGGAAGACAACACGAAAUAUUGGAAAAUAUACAUUGGAUUGGGAAAAUGUGGAAUCUAAAAACUCUACAUAUAGGGGAACAUACACUUUCCCUUGAAAAUGAUGAAUGGGUGCCACAAGUGGUUGUUAAUCCCACUCAAGAGUAG